AAAUCAUAGAAUUUUACAGCUCGAUUAUUAAUUAAUGCACUAAAUAAUAAGAAUCAAAGCAUAUGAAGAAAAAGACAAGCUAUAGCUAUUAUACUAUAAUGAAUAAUAAUUGAGCAAAAAGCUUACUUAUUAGAACUCCAAAUUGAAGCCAAGAUUCAGACUGCAGAAAAUGAAGCUUACCAGUAAUAUAGUUCCUCUGAUUCUGUUAGUAUUAUUGUGUAAUAAAUAUGAAUAUGGUGCAGCAAAAAGAUCCACAUAUAUUGUACACAUGGAUAAAUCCUACAUGCCCAAAGCCUUCUCCAGCCACCAUCAUUGGUAUUCUUCCAUUCUUCUUCAUUCUACUGCUAAAUCAUCACUUCCGAACAACAACAAAGUCAACAACAAAGUCAAAACAAACCUUAUCUAUACUUACGACAACGCCUUCCAUGGAUUUAGUGCAGUCAUGUCUGAAUCUGAAUUGGAGGCUUUGAAGAAAUCCCCAGGUUUUAUUUCUUCCUACCCCGAUGACGUCAUCACUGCCGACACCACCCACUCCACUCAAUUCCUCUCCCUCAACACCGCCGCCGGGCUGUGGCCCGCUUCCGACUACGGCAAAGACGUCAUUAUCGGAGUCAUCGACACCGGUAUUUGGCCGGAGAGUCGGAGCUUCAGCGACACCGGAAUGACCGAAAUACCCCCUAGAUGGAAGGGUAUUUGCCAAACGGGCCAAGAAUUCAACUCAUCGUCGUGCAACAAGAAGAUCAUCGGGGCCCGCUAUUUCAACCAAGGCUAUCGGGCCGAAAGUCCCGACUCUGUUAUAACCAUGAACUCGGCUAGGGACGUGGACGGCCACGGGUCCCACGUCUCGUCCAUUGCCGCCGGUAAUUAUGUCGACGGUGUUUCCUUCUUCGGCUACGCACCGGGGACCGCCAGAGGGGUGGCCCCACGCGCCAGGCUGGCGGUGUACAAGGUCCUCUGGGGCGGGGGCGUUUCGUCCGAUAUACUCGCAGGUAUCGACCAGGCCGUGGCCGAUGGUGUCGAUGUACUCUCGAUUUCUUUAGGCACCAAUCGGAUAGAUCUAUACGAGAACCCUCUUUCCAUAGCUAGCUUCGGCGCUAGAGAGAAGGGAAUCGUAGUUUGUCUCUCGGCAGGGAACCGGGGCCCGUUUACUCGGAGUAUACGAUCCGGAAUCCCAUGGGCUGUAGUUGUCGCAGCUGGCACCGUUGACCGUUGGCUCGCCGGGAAGUUGACUUUAGGGAACGGAAAAGUCAUCACGGGAUGGACCACAUUUCCCGCAAGAGCCGCAAUCAGAAACUUGCCCCUCGUUUACAAUGAAACCUUAUCGGCCUGCAACUCAGCUGAGCUGGCGCAAGCCCCCGACCAAAGCAUCAUCGUGUGUGAUGUCACCACCGGAAAUACAGGUUUCGACACCGUGAUGAGAAAUCUACCCGAUUCAAAUGUCAGAGCAGCUAUCGUAAUCGCUGAAGAUCCACGUAUAUUUCGAUUCAAUUCAUUUCCUUACCCGGGAGUCGUAAUCACACCGAACGAAGCACGGGAGGUAAUCAGCUACGCAGCUAAUAGCUCUGCGCCAACAGCAAGCAUCGCUUUCCAACAGACGAUUCUCGGGACCGAGCCGAGAGCAGCUCCAGCACUGUCGGACGAUUCGUCGAGAGGCCCGGGAUUGAGCUACGAGGGCAUAUUGAAGCCCGAUUUGAUGGGGCCCGGAGUGUCGAUUUUAGCAGCUUACAGUCCAUACGCAACGAGUACACCAACAAUCGGAAACAACAUAUUCUUGUCGACCGACUACACUCUCUUGUCAGGCACAUCAAUGGCUUGCCCUCACAUCUCCGGAACUGCUGCGCUUCUCAAAUCCGCGCACCCCGAUUGGAGUCCCGCAGCUAUUCAGUCGGCUAUGAUGACAACUGCUAAUCCUCUUGAUAAUACUAAUCAGCCAAUCAGGGAAGUGGAUGGCACAGUUGCCACACCUUUAGGCAUUGGAUCGGGCCAGGUUGAUCCGAACCGAGCACUCGAUCCGGGACUAAUUUACGAUGCUACAACACAGGACCUCGUGAAUCUUGUUUGCUCCAUGAAUUUCACAAGCGAACAAACUCAAACCAUUGUAAGGUCGACAAACUACAAUUGCUCGAAUCCUUCAUCGGAUCUCAACUAUCCCUCUUUCGUUGCUCUCAUUAACUUUGAGGAUAUAGGAAGGGUUUUGACGAGGAGAUUUGAAAGGACGGUGACGAAUGUAGGGGACGCAGCAGCCAAGUACCGAGUGAAAGUCGAAGCACCGGUGAAUACGACGGUCAGAGUUCGGCCACAGACUUUGGUGUUUCAAAAGAAGAAUGAGAAACAGAGCUACACUGUUACGAUUCGUUAUAACGGUGAUAUUGAAACACAACAUAGGCCAGGUUCGCUCACUUGGAUCGAGCAGAGCGGCAAGUACACGGUGAGAAGUCCAAUUAUGGUUUCAGCUGGAGCUGAUAAUUUUUCCUAGUUUAUGGAAAUGCUUGUAAUUUGAAUAAGCAUAAAAGCAUGAAUGAAGGUGGGAUAUAAUAUAUAAUCCAGUAACCUUCCUCUGGACCAGCAAUAUGCACCGGUGAAUGUAUUUUUUGGCUAAAUGCAAUAUUUGCAUAUUGCAUAAAAAGACUCUCACAAGGAUAAAAAGAAUUUAUUAGAAUUUUAUUUUCGGCAUUCUCAAUUAAAGGCACGCCCUUAUAUAAUCGGGUUGGUUUGUC